AAGCCUAUCUCUCAGCCAACACCCCUGAGGAGCAACAGGACACCUUGGAGGACCAUCUCAAGUAGGGUGGCAAAGGUGAAGUCAACACUCAAAGCUGAACAAACAUCACGGCGUACCAGCCACAGAAGUUCACUGAAUCCCGCAUGCCAAGAUGAAAUUUACAAAAAGUAAGGAAGAGGAACCCACUGCUCCUGGGCAAGUGGCCAUCAAGAAGCGAUCUAAAGUCCCGGGAGUGAUGAUCACACAGUUUGUGCAGGAAAUCCCAGCAGGAAAAAGUCAUCCUGACUUCUCUCGCAAACCCAUCGCCUUGACUAUUCAGGAAGGAAAGUUUGCGUUCUUCAAAGCCAUUGUCACCGGAGAUCCAACACCAACUGUGAUAUGGGCUCGGAACAAUGGAGAUACAUCUAAUCCUGAAAGAUAUAUUGUUUCGUAUGAUCCGAUCUUAGGAGAACAUCAAUUACAGAUGCCCAAUGUUGGAGUUGAUCAAGCAGACACAUACAAAUGCUUUGCAAAUAAUGAGUAUGGACGUGCUGUAGUCACGGUCACGCUCAAUGUGAUUGAAGUUGGGUUCAAGAAGAGCAAAGCUAUGCAGGAUUCGAGAAUAGAGCAACGAGAGAAAGCAGCAGCCGAUUUGAAAAAGAACCUGAGGACACGAGCUGAACAAAAGGAGAAGAAGAAAGAUGGGGAAGUCGAUGAAAAAUUUUGGGAACUGUUGCUGAGUGCUGAUAAGAAAGACUAUGAGAGCAUCUGUGCUGAAUACGGGGUGACGGACUUUCGCUGGAUGUUGAGGAAACUGAAUGAGAAGAAAAGGGAAAUAGAGGAGCAGCAGUCACAGUACAUUGAACACCUGAGCAACCUGAAACAUAUUGAAAUCAAGACCCCGGGAUGUGCCGAAUUUGAAUUUGAAAUGGAUCUCAAAGACCCCAAUGCCAAAAUCUUCCUCUUCAAGGAUGGUGUUAUGGUUCCAUUCACCUUUGACACAGACGAGAAACACUCUCUGCGUCAAGUCGGCAGAAAAUUCAUCUUCAGUGUCAGCGGUCUGAAUCCAGAAGAUGCUGGAUUGUAUCAAGUCGAUAUUGAAGGAGUCAAUGUUUUCUCCACUGACUUUAAAAUUCCUGCGGCAGACUUCUUGGUAAAGAUUCAGGAAGUGAAGGCCAUAGAAAGGCAGGAUGCCGUGUUUGAGUGCCUCUUAUCUGCUCCGCUUUCUAAGAUCUCCUGGCUAGGCAAGAACGCUCCUCUGGAACAGGGCGAAAAGUAUGAUAUCUCUGUUUCUGAAGACAUGCUAAUCCAUAAACUGGUGGUGAAGGACUGUAUGCAAGUGGACAAAGGAAUCUACACAGCUGUGGCUGGAAUGAAGUCUUGUAAUGCCUGGCUGAUAGUAGAGGCUGACCCAGAUCCCAACCAGAGGGGCAAGAAAGCAGUACGCAAAACCACUCAAGCAGGUGGUGGAGGCGCAGAACUGAUGAAGAUUGCGGCAGAGCAGAGUGAGAAGCUGCAGAAGGAGCGUGAUGAGAGGAUGGAGAGGAUUGAGCAAAUGAAGCAGAUUCAGGCUGAGGAAGAAGCUGCCAAAGAGGAAGAGAAACCAGCAGAGGAACAACCUGCUGCACCAGAACCACCAAAGCCAAAGCCUAAACCUCAACCUCAAAUUAAACAAGAAUCUGAGGGUCCAAUAGAGGAGCCAGAACCUGAGCCCAAACCAGCGCCAGAGGUUAAGGAGGAAAAGCCAAAAACAGAGGAAGCGGCUCCACCUCCGGUAGAAGAAGAGCCAACAAAAGAGGAGCCAAGGAAGAGAGUGAGGACUGGGCCUCUAGUUCCCGACACUGUUAUUGACCCUGGAGUUCACUUCACCAGCGGGCUGUCAGAUGUUCAUGCCAUCAUUGGUCAGACAGCUGAAAUGGUCUGCAAACUCAGCAGUGAGAACUGUGAUGGCAUUUGGUAUAAGGAUGGAAUAGAGAUAACAGUAACAGAUGAUCUGAAGAUAGUCAAAGAUGGAGCAGUCCAUAAAAUUGUUGUAUCAAACUGCACAGAGGAUGACAAUGGAAAGUACCGCUUUGAAGCAGAUGGACGUAAAACUGAAGCAAUACUGGUUGUGGAGGACCCACCACGGAUAAAUCUAGAAGACUUGGCUAAAUUCUCAGAGCCUGUGAUAAUCAAGGUUGGCCAAAAUGCAACAUUUAAACUGGAGUUUGUAGGUCGUGAGCCAAUGAAAAUACAGUGGUACCAGGAGGGUGAGGAGAUGCUUGAGGAUAAUCACAUUAAGAUUGAGAGGUCGUCUAGUCACAGUCGCCUACUACUUGUGAAGUGUCAACGAAAAGACAGUGGAGAAAUAAAGCUGAAGCUCAAAAAUGAGUUUGGAACCAUUGAGGCCCGAUCAAAACUCAUUGUAAUAGAUAAACCCACCAAUCCAAUGGGACCUGUAGAUGUUAUUGAAGCUUCAUCAUCCUGUGUGGAGUUCAAGUGGAGGCCUCCAAAGGAUGAUGGCGGUUCCCCUAUAAUUAACUACUAUUUGGAGCGUAACCAAAUUGGACGCAACACCUGGAUGAAAAUUGGGAACAUCCCUGGGGAGCCGCAUUACAAGGACAAUGAUGUCGACCAUGGAAGGAAAUACUGCUAUCGCAUUAGAGCCUUGACUGCAGAGGGUACCAGUGAUGUUUAUGAGACUAGUGAUAUCCAGGCUGGCACCAAAGCAUAUCCUGGACCACCAUCUACACCCAAAGUGGUCAGUGCCUUCAGGAACUGCAUCACUUUGGCCUGGACACCUCCAACCAACACUGGUGGAACAAACAUUGUUGGCUACAAUAUGGAGAAACGCAAAAGGGGCAGCAACCUAUGGGGUCAAGUGAACCCUCCUGAAGAGCCAAUAAAAGGCAAACAGUAUGAUGUGAAGGAUGUUGUUGAAGGAAUGGAAUAUGAAUUUCGUGUGUCAGCCAUCAAUUUCUCUGGUGCCGGAGAACCAAGUGCACCGUCUGAAUUUGUGAUAGCCAGAGAUCCCAAAAAACCCCCUGGUAAAGUCAUUGACCUGAAAGUCACAGAUUCCACCUAUAGUUCUUUGUCUCUGAGUUGGACUAAACCAAAGGAAGAGAAGGGCGUCCAGGAUGAAGCUAAAGGUUAUUUUGUGGAAUUAAGGCCAGCUGAGAGCAUAGAAUGGGGUCGCUGCAACUCCAACCCACUUAUUACAGCUUCUUACACAAUUCUUGGCCUCAAGUCUAUGGCUAUGUAUUGGGUCAGAGUGGUUGCAACCAAUGAAGGUGGUGAUGGAGAACCCAAGGAUCUGGAUAACUACAUCAUUGCCAUGCCUCCACCUGUAAGGCCAAAUUUCACCAACCGCAAAAUGAAGAGCUUUAUGGUUGUGAGAGCUGAAAAUUCUGCUCGGGUCAACAUAAACUUUGAGGCAUCCCCAAUACCAACUAUAAUCUGGCUGAAAGAUGGAAUGCCUGUGUCCAAACGAGUAAACAUAAGCAAUGCAGAUGGGAUGUCCCAACUCCUGAUUGCUUCUGCGGAGCGUUCAGAUUCUGGCAUUUACUCCAUUAUUGUUAAGAACAUGGUGGGUCAGGAGACGUUCAGUGUUGAGAUCAGAGUGACAGAUGAUCCCAAACCCCCUGGCCCAGUGGAGCUGGAAGAAAAUGUCCCUGGAACACUGACAGUCUCCUGGGAACCCUCAUCUGAUGAGAAACGAGAUAAUCACUUGCACUAUAUGGUGAUGAAACGAGACUCUGUCAAACGAACCUGGCAGACAGUGGCUGACCACUUAUUUAACAACAACUUCACAGCAGUUAACAUCACGCCAGGACGGGAAUAUAAAUUCCGUGUGUAUGCCAAAAAUGACAUAGGCCUCUCAGAUCCAUCCGAGUCCUUAAAAUGGGGCGUUGUAAAGAAGAGAGAAAAGUUCAUCCUCAACUUACCCCCAUCAAAACCCUGCAACUUUGACUCCGCUCCCAAUUUCACGGUGCCACUAAAGAUGCACACAACCCCGGAGAAAUAUGAGUGCUACAUGAGCUGUGCGGUGAAGGGCAAUCCAAAACCCCACGUCACCUGGUACCGCAAUAACAUCAGCCUGAACACCAACAUCAACUACUACAUUUCAAACACCUGCGGCGUCUGCUCUAUGCUCAUCUUGAGAGUCGGUGCCAAAGACAACGGAGAAUACAAAGUAGUGGCAGAAAACUCUGUUGGCCGUGCUGAGUGCAGCACACAGCUGACGAUUCUAGAGUGAAUUAUCCAUGAGACUUCUGGAAGACUGUGUUGAAUCAUCUUCAAUUUAUAAAUAUAACCAUAAUAAAAAGCAUUUUAAUGUAUGAAUGUCAGCUGUUCAUGCUUCAUUUCUAUGCCAAUUGAGCAUACUAUUUUGUUUGUCUUAAAUAUUUAAUGCAUUUUUUGCCAUGUUACUAUUCAUGGCUGUAAUUUGACAUCACUAAUUAAAAGGAGUUAUUCAAAUGUAUGUAACGCCUUAAAAAUCACUGUUCACAAACUGGAAAAAGACAUAUUUGCAAUAAAUCCUGUCUCCAAAUCGCA